GUUCCUUCAAUUAUGAGUAACAUGCUGAAUCCGGAUGCUAUUUUUUCAAACAAUGAAAUGAGCCUGUCAGACAUUGAAAUUUACGGCUUUGAUUACGACUACACGUUGGUCUUUUAUUCUAAACAUCUGCACACGCUGAUCUUCAACGCUGCUCGAGAUCUUCUUAUAAAUGAGCAUCGGUAUCCUGCAGAAAUAAGAAAAUAUGAUUAUGAUCCCAAUUUUGCAAUCAGAGGACUUCAUUAUGAUGUGCACCGGGCGUUAUUAAUGAAGAUUGAUGCUUUUCAUUAUAUUCAGCUGGGAACAGUUUACAGAGGCCUCAGUGUUGUCCCAGAUGAAGAAGUCAUUGCAAUGUAUGAUGGUUCCCACGUCCCUUUAGAACAAAUGAGUGACUUUUAUGGAAAGAGCUCACAAGGAAAUACAAUGAAGCAAUUCAUGGAUAUAUUUUCCUUGCCAGAAAUGACGCUCCUCUCUUGUGUGAAUGAAUAUUUUCUGAAAAACAACAUAGACUAUGAGCCUGUUCAUCUGUACAAAGAUGUCAAGGAUUCAAUCAGGGAUGUCCACAUCAAAGGAAUAAUGUACAGAGCAAUUGAAGCAGAUAUUGAGAAAUACAUCUGCUAUGCUGAACAAACUCGUGCGGUGUUAGCAAAGCUGGCUGAUCAUGGCAAGAAGAUGUUUCUCAUCACAAACAGUCCCAGCAGCUUCGUGGACAAAGGCAUGAAGUUCAUAGUUGGCAAGGACUGGAGGGAUCUCUUUGAUGUGGUCAUUGUACAGGCUGAUAAGCCAAACUUUUUCAAUGAUAAGCGAAGACCAUUUCGGAAGGUGAAUGAAAGGGGAGUGUUGCUUUGGGACAAAAUUCACAAGCUGCAGAAAGGUCAGAUUUACAAACAGGGUAACUUGUAUGAAUUCCUGAAGCUCACUGGCUGGAGGGGCUCUAAGGUUCUCUACUUUGGUGAUCACAUUUACAGUGACUUGGCAGAUUUGACCCUGAAGCAUGGCUGGCGCACUGGUGCAAUUAUUCCAGAGUUGCGAUCAGAGAUUAAAAUCAUGAACACAGAGAAGUACAUUCAAACCAUGACCUGGCUGCAAACCUUGACAGGAUUACUAGAACACAUGCAGGUUCACCGUGAUCCUGAUUCACAAAUGAUUUUAGAAGAAUGGAAGAAGGAAAGAAAGGAAAUGAGGGAGAUGAACAGGAAUUUCUUCAACGCACAGUUUGGAAGCUUAUUCAGAACUGAUGAGAACCCAACCUAUUUCCUAAGACGUCUCUCUAGAUUUGCGGAUAUCUACAUGGCAUCAUUGAGUUGUCUCUUGAACUAUGAGCCUGAUUACACGUUUUAUCCAAGAAGGACUCCUUUGCAGCAUGAACUUCCUGGCUGGUCAGACCAGCUGUGCACUGGUACAUUCAGAAUACCUUUCCUACAAGAGAGAGUUCAGAUCAAAUAAGUACUUGGCUUGUUCUCUCUGAAAUGGGCAAAUGUAUCUUUUUUUUUUUUUUUUAAAAAAUUUUAUUUUGAAUGUACGUGUAUUUUA